AUGGCCGGCCGAAGAGCUUCGCUUUUGUCUGCCUUCGCAGCAGGCGCUGUGAUGCAUUUGCUGAUGAGCAACACCGUGUUCGUGCAGCCUGGACCAGGACAUCUGCAGACGUCACGAAUCCUGCGUCCGGCUUUUGAGCAAGGAAAGGUGAACCUGGGCGUGGAUGGAUCGGUCGUGAAGUCCAAGAACAUGCCCGCACCGGUUCUAGAGGCGACAGAGGCAACAAACACUGCCAUCAAGGAAUGCUUGGACGAAGGCUGCUCCGUUGAUGCUUUGAUGGAGUUGGACAAGAAGCUUGCCAAGGAUGAGGCGACCAUCAAGAAGAGCCUCGAUGAUCUGCACAGCUCGCAAGCGGAAGAGUACUCGGAGGAAGGCAAGGAGCAGAUUGCCUGGCUGAGCAAUUACUUGGACCGCAGUGGAAGCCUCCGCGCCCAACUCCAGGCAGUCAAGACCUUGAAGGCCGAGGGAGACUUGGUUGCCCAGCUCGUGCGCGCUGCGUCAGUGGCCUUUGGCGGAGGGCGCAAGGGUUGGUGUGUCUCCAUAUUCUUCAUGAAGCUUGAGGUUGAUCGAUUUGCACCAGAUGUCGUUCACGCAGAUAGCAAGUAUGGGCUUCAAACAGAAGAUGCAGUGGCUUGUGGUGGAAACCACUUUCCAGCGCGCCUGCGGUUUCAUGUUUACUGGGCUUCGUUUGUUUCGACCUCCACCUUUCCGGGCGUUUCGGCACAGCACUGCUUUGCAUUGUGGUGUUUGAGCCUCGUGAACUUGGAAGGAAAGAUGGCUGCGAAGCGCAGUCUGCGGCUGCUGCCUCUCGCAGUCGCAGGCGUGUUGUGGCUCUGCCGGUCAUCCCUUUCUCUUCGAGGUGCUGCAGCACCCUUGUCUUUCGCCUUCCCAAGGGCCAGAGAUGCUGAGAAGAUGCGAUUAGCCAAGUACGAGACCGCAGACGGCAACCCAGUCAAUGCGCUGUUGAAGCCACAGAAAGACGAGGACGAGGACAGCCAGGAGGAAACCACAGAAGAAAAAGUGAAAGCGGGUGCUAUUCUAUCGUCCUACGCUUUGGCCUUCGUGAUCCCGUUGGCCUUCCUGGCGGCCGUCAUCCUGGGAAUUUGGACGCCUGGCACCGACGUGGAAAUCGGAGCGUCGAAGAGUUCCCCCUAUCGCAGCAUGGGGGCGAUCUCGCGGUUUGACGACGAGAUGGACAAACAAAGGAGAGACUACGAGAAUCGUCCAGAAAAGGAGUACUGA